AUGGAGUGUGUUCAGGUGCGGGACGAACGGGCGGAGUCGGAACAUGCACGGUUGCUGGAGGCUUUUCAGCGGCAGUGCGAAGGAUGGGGAAACAACAGAGAAGGUUGGGUGCACAGCAAGUGGCACAGUGUUAUUGUCUGCCCUGAUUUUAAACGUGGGGGCCUCCAGGUGUCUCGAUCUUCAAUGCGGGAGAUGUGGAAUAGCAUCAUGUCGGUAGUGCAUGGAUUUGUGGACCCUGACCUAGUGGUCUGCAGGGUCACCGACCCCACGCACCCAGUGCGCUUUGCAACGCCUCCGGGGGAGAGCUGCUACACCGUCGUGUAUGCAGGGAAGGAGCCGAUACGGGCCUCCAAGGAAAGAAGAAUACUGGGGGAAUACACCGGACAUGUUCGCGCAGGAAGCACCAACAAGCAAAGAUUUGAGUACGUCUUUGACUUGUCAUUCUGCGCGUUGGCAUGGCGCGCGGCGGAGGAAUUUGAAAAGGAUAGUGAUACUUCAGGGGACGAGGGAACAACUACUGCAGAUAAACCCCCAUCCCCAGCCCCCUCUGAGUCUGCGGGAUCUGGGAAGAAGAAGGGGCCACGGAAGGACGAGGCGGAUACCGCAAAUAAUGAAGGCGUUCGCAGAGUGCAAGUCACAGGUGCGACGCGUGGAAGUUGA